AUGCUAAAUCAUCAUGGUAGCUACAACCACAACGAGAAGAACCAUCAUGAUCAUAAAGCUGACCGCGUAGUUGCUCGGGUAGAGAAGUCGGUCCAUUUUAUUGUCGGGCAUAGUCAAACGCAAAAACAGGCCGGUUCGAUGGAGAAUGAGCACAAUCAAAUGGAUUACAAAGGCACUUCGACGGAUGCAGCUGAAACGAAGCCAAAGCUCACAACUAUCAUGAAGAUCCCGAAAUGGAAGGAUUAUGAUUUAGAGAACAAGUUUGAUAGAAAGGAGAACAAUCAUGAACAUCCGACUAUGAUCGACAGUGGAGGAUGGGUCAGGCCAAAUCGUGCCAUGUGGGCUUCUUCGCCUCCAAGUUCCUCAAACUCAAAGCCACUCAAGAACACUUGA